UUUCUUGUCUCAACUUCCUUUUUUUCAAGCCUCACUGCAACAGGAAACACACCCAACAAUGUCCCAGCAAUUUUAAGAUCUAAUACAUAUUGACAAAGCACAACAAAGCUCUACAGCCUCCUCUGAGUCCCUCUCACAAUGAAGCUGCCGGACCUGAUUGAUCUAAGUUUCAUAUUGAUCCUUGCCUCUAAAUCAAAUGGUCAAGACUGGAAAAUUAAUGUACCUGAAAAGAUUGAUGCAAGACUUGACGGAAACGUGACCAUAUCGUGUAAUUUCACCUAUCCGGACCAGUACGGCACUGAUGUUAAAGUUUUCUGGAAAAAGCGUGUGCUAAGUUCCUUCGAUACCAAUGACAAGGACAAAAAUGCAUUCAUUUAUCACCCGAAUAAUUCAUUUGUACUUGAGAACUACAGAGGAAAGACUGAGCUUGUUGGAGACGCAUCUGGUAAAGACUGUUCCCUCAUGAUCAAAGGAAUCAUGAAUAGUGACCGAGAUAUCUACGUUAGAAUUAUGGUAAAGGAUGAAAAUUACAGUUUCAUAAACGACCUUGUCCUCAUUGAUGUGUCUGGUGUUACACCAGUCAAGAUAAACAAGUCAGGUAUUGCUAACCAAACAGAAACACCAUCCACCUUCGAAGCAACAACAAUUGAUCCAACCCAGAAGCUUUCAACAUCAAAGUAUAUGACCAUCGUUGUUCCAGUUGCUGCACUGCUCAUCACUGUUUUUGUCGCUGGAAUUGUCUUUUAUGUAAAACGCAAAAGGUCACAAUCUUUUACCAGGGAGGAAUCUGGAUACUAUGCAAAUUUUAGCCGAGCAUCAUCAAACCCAGCCAAAAGACAAGCAUCCUGCCAAAAACAAGAAAACAAAAAACUUCCUGAUGUGAAGGCCAUUGAUGAACCUGUCUAUGUUAACACUGAGGUUCCUCUAGGUCAGAUGGAUCGAAGUAUGGAUCACACAGAUAAUAUAUAUGCAAAUGUGGAUUAUUCCAACUAGUAAAAAAACUGCAUCUUGAGAACCUCUCUGAGCUGAACUUCAUCUUAAAACGCUUCCUCUGUGUUAUGCUUUUUGGUGUUGCAAAACAAAAGUGGAAGAAAGAGUUAGCCCUGUGUUAGAUUUGGGUUUCCUGGGGGAAAGUCCAAUAUUGUGUGACCCAUCCACCACACCAGCCUGUACUUUCAGUCUUCAUACUCUUCCCUCUUCACUCAGCACACUUGAUCACAGCCUUCCUGAUUGGGUGGAUUAUUCAUGAACUGCUGCUACUUUUAAAUAUAGCCUACAUACCAACACUGCAUAUGAACAGCCUGUACAACUUGCAAACUUCAUAUUUAUAUGAUUUUCAUGUUGCAGUAUUAAUGUUGUUUUUUUGGCCAAAACCAUUGAUAGUGUGCAACUGAUUAUUUCUCUUAACAGGGGCUUUAAAUGUGAGUCUUAAGACAUUUUUAGGCCUUUCACAAAUGUGUCCUCCUUAAAACUGUGCACAACUGUGUGUGUGUACAACUUCACUUGUGUUUUUUUUUCUAGUCUUUCUCAAGAUGUUUGCCAAUUCACUUCCUGUGUCAUCUUUGUUAGAGCUGAAACUUCUGUUUUUUCUUAUUCAGUCUCUUGUUGAGAGAUUAAAUUAUUAACAAUGUGACAUUUGGGAUCGCCAGCAGUUCAAUUGGGACUUAGUGAAGGUUGCCACUGUCAUAUGUUUUCUGCUUUAAUUCUGUUGAGCAACAGUUGUAUUCUGAUAAGAUUUUGCUAAAGACUGAGGGAUUUUGACCUUGGUUGUAUCAUCAUCACAGCAGAGAGUCUGUCGUCCUCCCACGGGUCGUUUCUCAGACUAUUUAUGUGUGGAAUCAGUUUUUCAUUAAUCUGUAUUUUCUCUUAUGUGACAGACCAAACAAAUGUGUAUAUAUACUCUAUGUAUUAAGACCAGACACACCAAACCAAAGAAAAGAACCAGUGGCGAUGAAGGCAGACUGUCGCCUUGUUGCACUUGAACACAACGCAAAGACUACAGCCAGUGGGUAACUAGGAAAACCAUGUUGCUAGAUGGCGUCAGGACGACUGAUGUGGGCCCUUUCUACUUCAGGAUCGAGAUGCCACAAUACAAAAGCUUCUCCUAUAAAAGAAAUGCAGUGUCCAUUGAUGUCAUACGUGAGCCACAGCCUCCAUCUCUGUCUGUGAAGGUGAAUGAUCAAGUAACAGCCUCCUGCUCCGUGUCCCACGCCUGCCCAGUGAUUCCCCCUCAACUAUCCUGGAGCCGCUCAGGAAUCAUCACCCGACGUUCAAAGAAGUUGAACGUGUGGAUGUGGGAAACAGUGUCAACCCUGACUUUUCCCUUUUGACCUGCCAACGUCAACAAGCCGCUGAACUGCACAGUACAGUACAGAGGACGCAAGCAGGCGAUGAGCUCCACGAUUCUCAAGAUAUGAUAUAAGCCCAUGUGCAUGACCUAAAUAUCACCUUUUAUUCAUUGGUAAAUUAAUUCAUGCAUCAAGAAGUUUCAAAUCUGUAGUUAAAUGUUUUACGACUCUAACAUUUGUAAAAGUUUACUCUCCUUAGAUAUUGAUAUUUACUCUGAUGUGGUAUGAUGACAGAAAUAUACUAUUGGAACAAAGUUGAAAAAGUGAGUAAAUUAACAAACACGAUCAGUUUUAGUUAACACCUCACUGCACACUGUAAUGCCUUUUGCUCUGACAUUCCCACAAUUAGUUAUUUACCAUCUACUGUUUUGGUGUGUUUUAAUGUUUAAGGUCUCUGUCAAUGUGAUUUUUUAUAUCUGUUUAACAUUAAAUAUCAUUUAAAUGUC